AUUUCCCUUUAAAUAAUGGAAACAAACCAAUGGAUAUGAGUAGAAGAAAAAGAUGAUAAUGGAGUUUUGUACCCUUACCAAGCUAUUUCACAACCCUCUUGUGUCUGCACUUGCACUUUUGUGCAUUGCUACAACUUCACUCAACCCUGCAACGGCCUCAAAACGCUGUGAUUUCCCUGCCAUCUUUAACUUUGGAGCCUCAAACGCUGAUACUGGUGGGUUGGCUGCUUCCUUCCCUUUUGCUCAACCAAAAUCACCCAAUGGGGACACCUUUUUUCACAGACCUGCUGGAAGGUUCUGUGAUGGCCGACUCAUCAUUGAUUUCAUGGCACAGAGUUUUGGACUCCCUUUUCUCAGUCCAUACCUUGAUUCAAUGGGGUCCAACUUCUCACGUGGAGCAAAUUUUGCGUCAGCAGGAUCAACAAUCAGACUCCAACAAGCGGCAGGGCAGUUUAGAACCAGUCCUUUCAGCCUUGGCUUGCAGUACCAGCAAUUCGAACGUUUUAAACCUAAUGCAAAGUUCAUUAGGGGCCAAGGUGGGGUGUUUGCAGCACUGAUGCCGAAAAAAGAAUACUUUGAUGAAGCUUUGUACACAUUUGAUAUAGGUCAAAAUGAUCUUACAGUUGGUUUUUUAGGUAACAUGACUCUUCAACAAGUUAAUGCGUCUGUACCUGAUAUAGUAUCGAACUUCACAUCAAAUAUAAAGAACAUAUACAAUUUGGGGGCUAGAUCAUUUUGGAUUCACAACACUGGACCUAUUGGUUGUCUUCCUUUGAUUUUGACCAAUUUUGAAUCUGCUGAAAGGGAUAUGUAUGGUUGUGCAAAGGCAUACAAUGAAGUGGCUAAUUCUUUUAACCAAAAUUUGAAGAAAGCCUUGGCUCAUCUUCGUAAGGACCUUCCUACGGCUGCAAUUACAUAUGUAGAUAUCUACUCUGUUAAGUACUCUCUUUUCAGAGACCCAAAGAAAUAUGGAUUUGAGCUUCCACAUGUUGCUUGUUGUGGCUAUGGAGGGAAGUACAACUUCAGUAAUAGUGUUAGCUGUGGAGGAACCACUAAGGUCAAUGACAAUGAUAUUUUUGUGGGUUCUUGUGAAAGACCAUCAGUUAGAGUGAUAUGGGAUGGGAUCCACUACACUGAAGCAGCUAACAAAGUUGUCUACGAUCAAAUCUCUUCCGGGGCUUUCACAGAUCCACCCAUUCCAUUGAAUAUGGCAUGUCGCAGAAAAUAGACAAUACACCAAUGACCUCUUCAUAUGUUUAUCAUUGCGGUCCUCUGUCCUUUAUAAUAAAAAUAUAAUGUACUUUCUCUCAAAUUUAAUUCUACUAAAUUAUAGACAUGUUUAAUUUUGUUUUAA